AUGUAUGUUACGGCGUACCCUACUCUCUGGACCAUAUCUCUCUCGCCAAGGAUCCAGGGUGGUGAGCAAGGUUAUACAGGAAGAGAAGGGUGUGAGGCUCAUAUGGACGCCUCCCCAUGGAGACCAGAGGGGAACCCAUUAGACCUCAACAACUUGCCCGAGGAAUAUGGUAAGCAGGCUUUGGAAGAGAGCUCGAUGACAACUGCUGCAUCCACUGAUACUACGAGGUUUAAGAAAAAGAAGAGCGAAGGAAAGGACGACAGCGCAAAGGUUUACGAGUGCCGGUUUUGCUCCCUAAAGUUCUGCAAGUCGCAAGCCUUGGGUGGUCAUAUGAACCGGCAUCGCCAAGAGAGAGAGACGGAGACUCUUAACCGCGCUCGUCAACUCGUGUUCAGCAAUGAAGGUCUGGCCGGGGCCGGCGCUCAUAUAGGGUAA